AUGUUCAAACAAUCAAUCAUUUUAAUUUUAUUUAUUAGUUUCUCAAUUAUCAAUGUCAAUGGACAAUUGUCUAUUGGUUCAAUUGGCGGUGGUCUAAACUAUUGCCAACAAACUUGCAAUAGCAGAGACAAAUGCUAUAUCGAUACCUGCGGUGGAAUUGGACAAUGUUUCAGCAAUCCAGUCAAUUGUAAUUCCAACGACAAGUGCAUUGUCGAUUCUUGCCACCCAGUAACUGGAUGCUCCCAUACACCAAAGACUUGCAAUGAUUCCAAUCCAUUCACCCUCGACAGCUGUGAUAGUCGUGUUGGCUGCAUUAACAUUCCAUUCACAUGCUCCAACGAAUCAACUUGUCCAACCAACAACACCAAUCCAUGUGUCACCCAAUUCAUUAACAAUGGAAAGUGUUGUGAAUACUCUACUUCAUGCGAUGACUUCAAUCCAUGCACUGUAGACUCUUGCUCCAACUCUACCGGUUGCACUCACACCCCAGUCGUUUGCAAUGACAACAAUCCAUGCACCCAAGAUUCUUGUUCCGCCAAAACCGGUGCCUGUGUCUUCACUCCAAUCUCGUGUGACGACAACAACAAAUGCACUCUCGAUUCGUGCAAUUCCAAUUCGACCUCUGGAAACAACUGUGUUCACACUGAAAUCUCCUGUGAUGACAACAAUCCAAACACCAUAGAUACCUGUCAACCAAAUGUAGGAUGUAUUCACCAUUUGGCUACCACUUGUGAUGACAACAACAGAUGCACCAACGACUACGUCAACACCACCACCGGACAAUGUGAAUACAGUCCAAAGACCUGUGGUACCGAUACUUUCUGCACCAGAUGGUCAUGUGAUCCAGUCAAUGGAUGCACUGCCUCUUCACCAAGCUGUGACGAUGGUAACCCCUGCACCCUCGAUUUCUGUGAUUCUUCCACUCAAGCUUGCGCUCACGUCCAAAAGAAUUGCAACGACAACAACAGAUGCACCUACGACCAAUUUUAUUUAAAUCCUUAA